CUCCUCUUCCCCCACCACAUCCAUACAAAACCACCGCAACAAUGGCCGAGGACGCCCCCAAGUCUACCAGCCGCCGCCGCCGCUCGUCCACCCCUUGGACCGAGGUGCUGGCCAUGACCUCCAUGCAGCUUGGCGACUCCUCUGCUGUGUCUGUCGAGAAUGCGGUCGACGAUGAGCCGGCCUUCGACCCGGAGACGCCUCGUGACAUGAGCUCAUACCCUCCACCUGAGCCUGGAGCUGACUUCAACAUUGUUAUGAUCGGCGCAGGGAACAUUAUGUUCGGCUCGGCUGAGGGCCCGUGGAACCACUCGUUCCGCCUCGAGCACAAGCUCGGCCCGCGUCUCAAGGUGACGGCGCUGAUCGACCCGAACCUGGAUCGCGCGCGCCAGGUCGUCGAGGAGAAGUGCAAGAGCUUCGUGCGCAUGGCGUACGAGAACUGCAAGUUCUUCAAGACGGUCGAGGACUACAACACUGCCCUUGCGGCCGACAAGCUCCCUAAGCCACACGCCAUCAUCGUCGGCUGCCCUCCCGCCUACCGCGGCGGCACGACCAAGGGCUCCGAUCUCGAGCUCACCCUCAUCAAGUACUUCCCACGCGUGCCCUACUUCAUUGAGAAGCCUGUCGGCACGUGUCCGGUCGAGAGCGCCAAGAUGGUUGCUAAGAGCCUGCUCACCAACGGCAACAUCGUGUCGGUCGGCUACAUGCUCCGCUACCUCCGCUGCGUGCAGAAGAUGAAGCAGAUUCUGCACGAGAACAACCUUACUGUGAUGGCGACCAACGCGCGUUACUCCUGCGCCUACGAGGCGAUCGCGAAGCCCGCGUGGUGGACGAAGUCGAUCGACAUGGGCCCCGUCAUCGAGCAGGGAACCCACUUCUGCGACCUGUCGCGCUACUUCGGCGGCGACGUCGACAUGGACUCGGUGAACGCCCACGCUGUUGAAUGGUACGAGGCGCCGGGCAAGCUCUCCAAGAUCCCCGUGGACGAGGAGAAGAUUCCGGCCGACGACCGCAUCCCGCGCAUCACCUCGGCUGUGUGGAAGUACACGAACGGCGCCGUCGGCACCUUCCAGCACUCGGUUGCCCUCCAGGGCGACCAGUACUUCUGUGAGCUUGAGGUCUGGGCCGACGGCUACCUCCUCCGCCUCACAGACCCGUACCAGAACCCGACGCUGUUCGUGCGCCGCCCCGGCUCCAACGACGAGGAGCGCAUCCAGUACAAUGAGGACGACCCGUUCUUCUCGGAGAUCUCGGGCUUCAUCGACACGAUCGAGGACGGGCCCGAGCCCAACAUCCUCUCGACGUUCGAGGACGCCGCCAAGUCGUACGAGCUGACGUGGGCCAUCCGCCUCGCGUCCGAGGCGAAGCUCGUCCGCAAGCCUUCCCAGGCGUAGGCGACAUGCAUCUGAGGGUUUCCGGGCGGGCUGCGGCUUUGCCCAGCUAGGUUGUCAAUGUAUACAUUUGAGAUUCGA